AUGACCAAUAGCAAAAACACUACCACGUCGGCACCUUCAAUGUUCGACAGAAUGAAAGCACUGGCGAUUGACCAAUUCGACUUGGAUUUCCAAAAAUUGAUCACCGCCUGCGUCCAUCACCAUUCGUCGUUGAAACCCAACGAGAUCCAAAUCUCUUUGGCGUCGAUUUUCUUAUUGAAGUUCGUCGAGCCAGUCGACCCUGCUGCCGGGGGUGAGCAGUACCAAAUCGUCAAAACCGAGUUGUUGAACAAGUUCAAUUGGUAUUGUGACAAUAAUGGGUAUUUCGACCAAUUGCAAAUCCGGCAAAUCGCCGCGACCUCUUUUGGAAAAGUGGUUAAAGCAUGCUUCAGUACCGUUAUGCUUCCAGGGCCCGGCAAACGGAGGGCGGUGAACCACAAACAAACGUAUUGUCAUAUGAUGGUCAGAGUGAAACCAUCGAUGCUCAACGAAUACAAUUCGAUCAAACAAUGCAAAUCUCCUCGGGGAUUAGUGGGUGGUGGGAAUCAAAAAUUACCAGCGGUUAAACUCCCAUCAUCGUCGUAUGGAAAUUCUAACAAUUUACUUAAAAGUUCAUCAUCAUCAUCAUCAUCAUCCUCAUCAUCAUCAUCAUCCUCAUCCUCAUCAUCAUCCUCAUCUUCUUCUUCUUUUUCAUCUUCAACAUCAUCUGCGUCAUCGUCUUCUUUAUCGAUACCCGCUAUCAAUGAUGAACAUAUCAAACAAUCCCAAUCACUUAAUUCGUUCCCUCCACUUCAUCAACAACAUUACAUGCAAAAAUCCCCAAAUUCCCCGCCCGCCACUACUGGCGGGCAAGGAAUGCUAUUAUCUAACCGCACCAACUCCAUCAAGGACCCAACGUAUCCUUCUUUCCCCCCUCAAGGAAUUCAAAUGAUGAAGAAUCAUAGUACCCCACCACCACCUCUUUCAUUCGGUCAACAACAACAACAACCAUUGGCAUCGUCAUACGGUAGUUAUAACAUGAUGCCACAAUAUUCCCGCCAUCGAGGCCAACAAUUCAAUCAUCAUCAUAAUCAUCAUCAUCAUCAUCAAGCGGAACUGCAUCAUCAACAUUUCCCGUACCAUCAACAACAACAAUUACUACUUCCUCCGCCUCACAUGUCUCAACAAUACCAUCAUAAUAUUCCUGAUCUAUCAUCUUCCCAUCAACAAAACGACCCAACUAACCCCCUUUUCACCCGGUCCCUGGGGCAAACGACAUUAUCACCAUCAUCAUCAUCUUCUUCUUCUUUGCAACAACAGCAACAGCAGCAGCUGUCAGGGGUAUCGUAUCAACAUCAAUCACUCGGCCACCAUCAAUUCAGCUACCCCAACGAAUUGGGAACUUUCGAUCAAACAAUGUUGCCAUUUUGA